UAUUUCAACAAUUUUCAAUCGACUCCUCAUUCUCAGAUUCUCUUUUAUUUUUCCCUCCUCCCUCAAACCAUAAUAAAAGCUGAAAAGAAAACAAUGGCAGGGAGACUGCUUCACCAUUAACGCCAUGACAAUGACCUUACCAUCAACAUCAUUCCUUUCAACGAUCUCAUCCUGUAAACCCUAAUUCAUUGCUCCAAGUUUCCCCCUAAUUUGAUCUAUUCGAUCAAUUUUUUACUUGAUCUAUCUAUAGGACGAACCCUAGCACAUUUCCCCCUCAAUUUCGUAUCAAUUUUUUUUUUCUAGGUUUCGGUUUUCUUCAAUGGAGGCUUUAUCUGAGCUUUGCAAUUUGAUGGCUAAAGAGCCUAAGAAAUUCAAAGAGAAAAUUGCUUGGAUUUGUGGUCGUUGUCCUUCUCCAGAGUCUCUUUCCUCUGGAUCAUCGAGAAUUUCUCGAUCUCAGCUUAAUGCCGUUCUUGCUGUCGCAAAAUUUCUCUCGCAAUGCCCCAAUCCUCCCGAUAAUCGUCCUCGUGAUGUUGUUGUUGAGUUUCUUCGCUUAAUUUCAUCGUCAUUUCGAUCAUCUUUUUGGCCUCAGUCAUUUGGUAAUGAUUGCAUUUCUUCAUUUUACUCUGAUUUUCUUCAUUUUGUUGUGAAUGCCGCUGAAAUGUCCGAGGAACUUGCUGAUGAGAUUGCUGGAUUUUUAGGAAAAAUUGUGAUUUCUGCUUUUAACAAUGCCUAUAAUUAUAAUUAUAAUCAUGAUAGUAGUAAUUCUGGUGAUUCGAAGAUUUGUAAGGCGUUUUUGAUGUGUUUGUCGGAAAGUUUUCCGCGAAUUUCUCCAUUGGAUGCUGAAAAGUUAAUUAAUCUCUUGUUAGAACAAGUUCAUGUUGUUGCUUACCCUAGUUCUCCUAGAGAGGCUGGUGUUGCAUCUGGUACCUCUUCGUUUCAGAGUUCGCCUGCUAGUUUAAGCUAUUUUCAGCAUCAUGAUAGUCCGAAUCUGAUGAAUGGUUCUAGUCAGUUAUCUGCUUCAUCUGGAGGCACUUGUCCUGGUUCCAAGGUUGUGGUUGAUGACACUGCCAGCAUGGCUUCAUCGCGUGUGUCUGAGAUGAAUGGGGUGGGCUGCAUUGCCUCAAAUUUGGAUGGUGGGGGUAUGGUUCGACAACAGGUUGCAAAUUUCGAGGAAGAGUCGGUAGAGAGCUUAGAGAGGCAGGAGAUCGUUUUUAAAAUGGUUGGAUGUAUAUUGAAUAAUAGAGUUGAGAUUGAUCAUAAACUUAUAGAGCAAGUGCGCUUGAUUGCAAAGAGGCAGCUCCAAUCGUCCUCUGCCUUUUUAAAGUUAAGGAAGCGGGACUGGACAGAGAACGGACAUAUACUAAAAGCUCGCGUCAAUGCUAAAUUAUCUGCGUAUUGUGCUGCAGCUAGACUAAACAUUAAAUGUCUCACUUCACUUGAUUGUGAUGUGAAAUCAACAAAGAGGUUGUUACUUGAGACCCUAGCUUUGAUGAUAGAUGCUGCAGAAGCUUGUCUACUUUCUGUUUGGAGGAAGCUGAGAAUUUGUGAGGAGCUUUUUAGUUGUUUGUUAUCUGGAGUUGCUCAAAUAGCUAUUGCUCGUGGUGGACAACUUCUGCGGGUUUUGUUAAUUCGUCUCAAACCCUUAGUACUUACAGCUUGUGCACAGGCAGAUACCUGGCACAGCAGUCAGGGAGCUAUGUUCGAAAGUGUCCUUAGAACAAGCUGUGAGAUUAUCGAAUUUGGCUGGAGUAAGGACCGAGCUCCUGUUGACACUUUCAUUUUGGGCCUAGCUACUAGUAUUCGUGGGAGAAAUGACUAUGAUGACGAGGGCAUGAAAGAAAAAGCUGCAAUUCCAACUGUUCAGUUGAAUGUUAUCCGAUUGCUAGCAGAAGUGAAUGUUUCUGUUAAAAAGUCGGAAGUGGUGGACAUGAUAUUGCCAUUAUUUAUUGAAAGCCUGGAGGAGGGUGAAGCUUCGACACCCGGCCCUUUGCGACUUCGUCUUCUUGAUGCCGUUGCUCGGCUAGCUAGCUUAGGAUUUGAGAAGUCAUACCGUGAAACAGUUGUUCUGAUGACAAGAAGCUACCUGGGAAAAUUGUCAAUUGUAGGAUCAGCAGACAGCAAAACAGUGGCACAGGAAGCGACUACAGAGCGUGUUGAGACUCUUCCUGCAGCAUUUCUUCUUAUUGCUCUUGGUCUUAAGGAAAAUAAAUUGCGGUCUGACUAUCGCCACCGUCUACUUUCAUUAUGCUCAGAUGUAGGGUUGGCUGCUGAGUCUAAAGGCGGAAGGAGUGGAGCUGACUUUCUGGGACCUCUAAUGCCUGCUGUUGCAGAAAUUUGUUCCGAUUUUGAUCCAACUGCUAAUAUCGAGCCUUCUCUUUUGAAGUUGUUUCGCAACUUGUGGUUCUAUAUUGCUCUAUUCGGAUUAGCACCUCCCAUUCAAAAAAGCCAGGGUUCGCCAAAGCCUGUCUCUACCGUCUCUACUGGCCUGAGUGGUGUUGGUAGCAUGAGUACUAUACAACUUCAAGCUGUGGAUGGACCAUACUUGUGGAAUAGUCUAUGGGCAUCAGCUAUUCAGCGCAUUGCGCAAGCUACUCCACCUCUCGUUGUAAGCUCUGUUAAAUGGCUUGAAGAUGAGUUUGAACUUAAUGCUCUUCAUAAUCCUGGUAGCGGUCGGGGGAGUGGUAACGAAAAGGCUGCUGCAACCCAAAGAAGCGCUCUUUCUGCCGCAUUGGGGGGACGAGUUGAUGCUGGAGCAAUGAGUACAAUUUCAGGUGUGAAAGCUACAUAUUUGCUUGCUGUGGCUUUUUUGGAGAUUAUACGUUUCAGUAGCAAUGGAGGCAUCCUUAAUGGUGACUUGGAGUUAACAGCCUCUAGAAGUGCCUUCAGCUGUGUGUUUGAAUAUUUGAAAACACCAAAUCUUGCACCUGCUGUUUUUCAGUGUUUGACUGCUACUGUUCACCAGGCGUUUGAAACUGCUGUGUCAUGGCUGGAAGAACGGAUAUCUGAAAUGGGUAAUGAAGCUGAUACUAGAGACUCAACUCUCUCCGUCCAUGCAUCUUUUUUGAUUAAAGCCAUGUCUCAGAGGGAAGAGCAUGUUAGGGAUAUAUCAGUAACUCUACUGGUUCAACUUAGAGAUAAGUUUCCACAGAUCCUUUGGAAUUCUGCAUGUAUGGAUUGGCUGCUUUAUUCUGUCAACAAUGAUACAUCUUCAUCACUUGUGAAUGAUCCUGCCUGCACAGCUUCUAUUCGAUCAUUGUUUCAAAAAGUAGUCAGAGAAUGGAUAAUUAUAUCACUUUCUUAUGCUCCGUGCACGGCGCAGGGUCUUCUUCAGGAAAAGCUUUGCAAACCAAACCCAGUAGAGAGAGCAAAGCCUACCACUGAUGUGGUGUCCUUGUUAACUGAGAUACGCAUAGGCACAGGCAAAAACAAUUGUUUAACUGGAGCACGAACUGCAAAUAUUCCAGCAGUCAUGGCUGCUGCUGCUGCUGCUUCUGGGGAAAGUUUCAAUUCAACGGAAUCCUUUAGCCUGGAGGUGCUUAGUACUGGUGUAACCAGUGCUGCUGUGAAGUCCAAAUUUGCUGGAGAAAUUGCCGGAAUGAGAAGGUUGUAUGAUAGCAUUGGUGGAUUUCAGUCUGGGGCACAAGCUGGGUUUGGUAUAGGUAUUGGACUUCAAAGGUUAAGAUCUGGAGUUUCUUCUCAGCCUCCAAUUGAAAAUGAUUCUUUUAAUGAAAUCCUGCUGCAAAAGUUUGUGCUUCUACUCCAGAAUUUCGUAUCCAUUGCCGAGAAAGGUGGAAUAGUGGAGAAAGCAUCAUUUCGCGAAGCAUGUUCACAAGCUACUGCCUUGCUGCUUUCAAAUUUGGGUUCUCACUCGAAAACAAAUGCAGAGUACUUUUCUCAACUACUACGUCUCCUCUGCUGGUGUCCAGCUUAUAUAUGCACCCCUGACGCCAUGGAAACCGCUGUUUUUGUGUGGACUUGGUUGGUUUCAGCUGCUCCGCAAUUAGGCUGCCUUGUUCUUGCUGAACUCGUGGAUGCAUGGUUAUGGACAGUUGAUACCAAAAGAGGCCUUUUUGCAUCUGACGCCAAGUGUUCUGGGCCGUCUGCUAAAUUACGACCUCACCUUUCUGCAGGGGAGCCAGAAGCUUUACCUGAAAAAGACCCUGUGGAGCAAAUAAUGGCUCAUAGACUCUGGCUUGGCUUUAUGAUUGAUCGAUUUGAGGUUGUUAGACAUAAUAGUGUGGAACAGAUGCUGCUGUUUGGCAGAAUGUUUCAAGGAACCACUAAACUUCCCUGGAGGUUUUCACAGCAUCCUGUAGCUACGGGUACAUUUUUCACUUUAAUGCUUCUUGGGCUAAAGUAUUGUUCUUGCCAAUCCCAAGGUAAUUUGCAGAACUUCAAAACAGGCCUUCAGCUGCUUGAAGACCGGAUAUAUAGGGCCUGUCUGGGAUGGUUUGCUUAUGAACCUGAAUGGUUUGAUACGAGGAGUAAAAAUUUCGCUUUAAGUGAGGCACAAUCUGUUUCUGCGUUUGUUCAAUAUCUUACGAAUGAGCGAACUGAUAAUGUUCCAUUAGAUCUGAAAGCACAGGCACGUGAAAAAGGGAGCUCUCUGGGUGAGGGGAGAGAUCAUCAUCAUCCGGUUUGGGGUUCCAUGGAAAACUAUGCUGUUGGGAGAGAAAAGCGGAAGAAUUUGCUUCUAAUGUUGUGCCAACAUGAAGCUGACAGACUUGAUGUUUGGGCACAACCUACUAAUUCAAAGGACUAUACACCUCGGCCUAAAAUUACCGCUGAAAAAUGGGUUGAGUUUGCUCGGACAGCAUUUUUUGUGGAUCCUCAAAUUGCGUUGUCAUUAGUGUCACGAUUCCCUGCAAAUGCAUCUCUGAAAGCUGAGGUUACUCAGCUAGUUCAGACACAUAUACUGGAGCUUCGGUGCAUACCUGAAGCACUGACAUAUUUUGUCACGCCAAAGGCAGUAGAUGAAAAUUCGAUGCUGCUGCAACAGUUGCCUCAUUGGGCUGCUUGUUCAAUAACAAAAGCUCUUGACUUUCUUACUCCUGCAUAUAAGGGUCAUCCACGUGUGAUGGCCUAUGUGCUUAGGGUUUUGGAAUCUUAUCCUCCCCAUCGUGUGACAUUUUUCAUGCCUCAGCUUGUGCAGGCUCUGCGUUAUGAUGAAGGGAGGUUAGUUGAAGGGUACUUGCUCAGAGCAGCCCAGAGAAGUGAUGUGUUCGCUCAUAUACUUAUAUGGCAUUUACAGGGCGAAACAUGUGAACCAGAAGGGGGAAAAGAGGUUGACAGUCAGAAGAAUCGUGCGUUCCUGGCACUCUUGCCACAAGUUAGGCAAAGAAUUAUUGACAGCUUUAACCCAAAAGCUCUAGAUAUAUUUCAGAGAGAAUUUGAUUUCUUUGACAAAGUCACAUCUAUCUCUGGUGUACUCUUUCCACUUCCAAAGGAGGAACGCCGUGCUGGCAUACGAAGGGAACUAGAGAGAAUUGAAAUGCAAGGAGAUGACCUCUACCUUCCUACCGCUCCCGAAAAACUUGUAAGGGGUAUUCAGGUUGAUAGUGGGAUCCCUUUGCAGUCAGCAGCUAAAGUUCCCAUUAUGAUCACAUUCAAUGUAGUUGACAGGGAAGGAAAUCCAAAUGAUGUGAAGCCCCAAGCAUGUAUCUUCAAGGUUGGAGAUGAUUGUCGACAAGAUGUUCUUGCUUUACAAGUGAUUGCACUUCUUAAAGACAUUUUCCAGGCAGUAGGACUGAAUCUUUAUCUUUUCCCCUAUGGAGUUCUCCCAACUGGUCCAGAGCGAGGAAUAAUAGAGGUCGUGCCUAAUACGCGGAGUAGAAGCCAAAUGGGUGAAACUAAUGAUGGUGGAUUGUAUGAGAUAUUUCAGCAAGAUUAUGGACCAGUAGGAACACCCAGUUUUGAAGCUGCUCGAGAAAAUUUUCUCAUUAGUAGUGCGGGUUAUGCUGUGGCCAGCCUUCUACUUCAACCAAAAGAUAGGCACAAUGGAAACCUACUUUUUGACAAUGUGGGAAGGCUUGUUCACAUUGAUUUUGGUUUUAUCCUGGAAACAUCUCCUGGUGGGAACAUGCGCUUUGAGAGUGCUCACUUUAAGCUAAGUCAUGAAAUGACCCAACUUCUUGAUCCUUCGGGUACUAUGAAAAGUGAAACUUGGCAUAAUUUUGUGGGACUCUGUGUAAAGGGCUACCUUACUGCUCGGCGACAUAUGGAUGGAAUUAUAAACACUGUAGCAAUGAUGGCCGAUAGUGGAUUGCCUUGCUUCAGUAGGGGAGAACCCAUUGGUAAUCUACGGAAGAGAUUUCAUCCUGAGAUGAGUGAACGUGAAGCUGCGAAUUUCAUGAUCCGUGUAUGUACUGAUGCAUAUAACAAGUGGACAACUGCAGGGUAUGAUUUAAUACAGUAUUUGCAGCAAGGUAUUGAGAAGUAGUAGGCAUGUAUAAAGUAAGUGUAAAUUUUUCAAGGCAUUGUCACCUAAUGUGGCAUUCCUACAAUUUUUUCGAGGGAUUGCAGUGUUGAGAAUAGGGCUUGUUUAUUUAGCAAGUAUAGAAUAUUUAUGUGGUAUUCUUCUGAAUGUAAAGUGUACGAUAUAAUAGUUUGCAUAUAUCAAUGAAAUGAACGUUCUUUUGUGUGAA